AUGGACAACUUGGACGAAAUUCGCACACGGUAUCAGCUUGCGCCGCCUACGUUUGCCAACAUUUGCAAAAUUGCCCCGCGGCCGGAGAGAAGUGCCAUCUUCCAGACUGCUUGCACAGCGAUUGAGUUGCAGACAUUCGCCAUACGACCAGCCGAACGAGCCUGGCUGAGAUACGUCAACGAGCACACGGGAAUUCCGUAUUCGAUCAGCGAGCCGGUGGCGGAGCCCUGGCACAAGGCGUCACUCGUCGUGCAGAUUGACCUGUCCGGGCAGCCGUGGCCGGCCAAGCUCACACAGGCGGCGCGCAAAGAGCUGCACAGCGACCGUGGGCGCAUCUACCGUGUUUUUGACCAGGUCUUGCGCUGCAUCAUUGACGUGCUCGGCCACCGCGGCGACGGGCGCGGUGUCUGCGCCGGGCUCGACGUGCUGCGUAGCUUACACGCCAAAGUCUGGGAGGGCAGCGGGACCAGCGGCGCGGAACUGCUCCAGGUGGAAGGUAUCGGUCUGGCGCGGCUCAAAAAGCUAGAUGACGCGGGCGUGCGCACCAUCAGGCGGCUCGCGGGGCUCGAGGGCUACCACAUUGAGCGCCUGAUGAGCAGGAAUCCGCCGUACGGACAGACAAUGGUCAGGCAGCUGGCGGGGUUUCCGCUCUUAACGUUGCAAGUUGAAAGCCUUGGCCAGAGCGAGAAGAAGGCAACGAUGGUGGCGGGUGGCGGCGGUGGUAGUGGUGGUGUUGGUGACGGCAGCGGGUUGUGGAUGGUGCGCGUGGUGAUGGGGUUUGAAAAUAAGGCGGUGCCGGUGUGGAAGAGAAAGACGCCAUGGGUGUCGUGCGUGAUGGAAGGUCGCGGCGAGGGCGAGGAGAAGGGGAGAUUGAUGUGGUUUUGGCGAGGAAGCGUCAAGAGGUUGGAUGUUGGGAGCGGUGGCGCUGGUGGUGGCGGCGGGAAAGAAGUUGUGGUGGGCGUGGCGGGCUAUCAAGGUUGUAAGGUGAGGGUGACAUUGGCGUGUGAGGUGGUGGUAGGCACCAUGGUGCAAAAAGACUUGGAGCUGUAA